CGUCACCACUGAGCAAAUCAUGUCACGUUCGUUCACCGUUCGCGAUGUUUGGUUCGUGUUCGUGUUCACAGUUUACGGUUCGUUCACUGUAACGUGGAACGGUGGAACAGGCUCGCAAAAUAACUGAAGAUUUAACAAGAUUUAGUGUAGAAUAAUAGCAUUAAAAUGGCACCAGCAGCUACAGCAGUGAAACCGAUUCCUGAUAAUGACCCUAUUGGAAUCAGGGCAGUACUUUUGGGACCUCCUGGGUCUGGCAAAGGCACUCAGGCGCCACUUCUCAAAGAGAAAUACUGUGUAUGUCAUUUAUCUACUGGCGACAUGCUUCGUGCAGAGGUAGCCUCAGGGUCAGAACUGGGCCGUCGUGUCAAAAAGGUUAUGGAUGAUGGGAAAUUGGUUUCUGAUGAAAUGGUGGUAGACAUGAUCGACAAGAACCUUGACCAGCCUGAAUGCAAGAAUGGGUUCUUACUAGAUGGUUUCCCAAGGACUGUUCCACAAGCAGCAAAGUUGGAUGACUUGCUGGCAAAGAGGAAGACUGAAUUAGAUGCAGUUAUUGAGUUUGGUAUCCAGGAUAGCUUGCUGGUACGCAGAAUCACAGGGAGGUUGAUCCACCCUUCAAGUGGAAGGAGCUAUCAUGAAGAAUUCCACCCACCAAAGAAACCAAUGACUGAUGAUAUUACUGGUGAACCAUUGAUUAAGAGAUCAGAUGACAAUGUUGAGGCUCUCAAGAAACGUUUAGCUACAUAUCAUGCACAAACUCUUCCUCUUGUUGAUUAUUAUAUGAGAAGAGGUCUCCACUACAGAGUGGAUGCUUCGAAAUCUGCUGAAACAGUGUUCAGUAAAAUAGAUAACAUAUUUAAAAAUAGAAUUUUCAACAGAGCUGUUCAGUAAAUUGCGACUCUGCCAUUAUAAUUUAAGUGAAAGUGUUUUGUACAUAAGAUAUGUGAUUUCAUCAAUAUCGGUUGUUUUCGGUUCACUCUUGUGGGAAUAUAAUUAAUGUUUUAGAGACUAUUUUUCUUGGACAAAUAUAUCAACUGGAAUCAUCAG